AUGGUGCGGCUGCAGUCGUACUCGCCGCAUUCGGGCGUUAUGCCCGAACGUCCAUACUUUUCCGGUGCAAAUCCAAAUGGAGAGUGUCGAGAUAAUCAACAAGAUUCACGAGAUCGAGAAGGCAAUGGAAUGCCCUCACUUUUUGAACCGGGUGAUCGAAUCGUCGAUGAACACUCGAAAGAAGAAUUCUAUGUAGAUCAAUACCUCGGCAAGGGCGGUUUUGCGGAAUGCUUCGCUGUCAGAUCAAAUCGUUGUCGGGGCCAGUUUGCCUUGAAAGUUGUGGAAAAAUCAAAACUGAAAGACCCGUCAUAUUCGAAGAUGCACAGAGAGAUAAAUUUGCACAGGUCGGUCUCCCAUCCGAAUAUUGUUCGGCUACGUGGAAGUUUUCAAGAUCGCCAUUACUUCUUUUUGAUUAUGGAACUAUGCCGCGAGCAGACACUGCUCACCCUUAUAAAUCAAAGUAAACGCGGCUACUUAUCAGAAUAUGAAAGCAGAGGCUAUAUGGUUGGUAUUUUAUCGGCUGUCAGGUAUCUUCUUGAUAGGAAUAUUCUUCACAGAGAUCUAAAGCCUGGCAACAUUCUUAUAGGUACUGAUGGUCAAGUAAAGCUCGCAGACUUUGGUUUGGCUAUUCUUAUGCAAGAUUUGAAUCCAAUGAGCGUUAGUGGUACGCCAAAUUACCUCGCUCCAGAAAUUUUGAUGAAGCGCGGCCACUCAGAGUGUAGUGAAGUGUGGUCAAUUGGAUGUAUGCUGUACUGUAUGUUAAUAGGAAAACCUCCCUUUGAAUCAGAUAGUCUUGAAGAGACAUAUGCAAGAAUUCAAGCUGGCCAGUAUUCAUAUCCCCUCUGGUCGAAGAUUUCCGAUGAGGCGAGAGACCUCAUUAAUGCAUGCCUUAUUCAUUCGGCUAAUUUCCGUCCAACUAUCAAAGAAAUACAAGAAGAUCCAUGGAUGACAAUGUGUCAUCCUGUGCCGGAAAGUGCUUUACAUCGGGCUAAAAGCAUGAAGGAUUUGGGGAAACAUGACGCCAAUGGAAAUAUCAUCAGUGGAAGUCGUCCCCACCGACCUCGUUCUACCCUAGACCUCGCAUCAGCACAAGCAGGUGCCAACAGAUCUCGACGUAAAUCAAUCGUGAGCACUCAUGAUUCUGGCUUCGGUUCCGACCCCGAUAUGUCCCGUCGACCUGCUUUAGCAGCUGCCGUUAAUGGUUAUCUGAAUGACAUUAGUGGUCUUCUCGGUGGAACGUGCGAUUUCGCUUUGGAACCUUGCCCUCUCCCACCGGUUUUUGUCUCGAAAUGGGUAGACUAUACGAAUCGUCGUGGAUUUGGAUGCCAAUUUAGUGAUGGCUCAAUUUCAGUGAAAUUCAAUGAAGGGCUGUGUUUAAGCUGGCCGGCAAAUUCUCCCACGAUUAUCUAUGCACAGACGCCGUUUUCUUCUCCUCACAUUGUUCAUCCGGGCACAAUCCAGAACUCAGGGCUCACACCAACUCAUAUAGAGAUCGCUCGCCAGUAUCGUGAAUAUAUGGAACGCGAGCUGGCAGACACAGAUCUCCUCAUGUCACAAGCAUCGCGAAAUGCGGCACUAUCGUCCAAUCACAGUCCACCCUACCUAGUAUUCACUCAUCUAGGAUCUGAUUGCCUUAUAAUGGUCUUCAGUGAUGGAACAACUCAGGUCAAUCUAAUGAAACGACGCUCAAAAAUAGUGUUGUGGAAUGGUGAAGGUGGGCCAAGUGAUAGCAGUGAUUCCAAGUUUACUUCGAUAGCUAUAAUAGAACGAGGAUUCGCUCCGUUCGCUUAUCGUAUACGCCCUGGACAUAUGUAUGGAUUGGAGCUUCCCCAAAGUUUGGAGGAUUCAUUGUUUGUGGUGCGUCGAGCACUGAAUAUGGAAUGCGAUUUUUUGCAUGUUUCUCGUCGACAAAUUCAAUCGACUGAAUGUUGA